GUUUUCGCCGUGCUUAACUCUGUUUGUGAGAUUAUACAAAAUUUGCAUUGGCAUAGCUCAACCUGUGCACAGUGCACGUGCGUGCCCGUGCCCGUGCGCGCGGCCGUGGUCUGAGGAGACUCUGACCUGCUGCUCGAGUACACACGGUACCGCUCUCUGGCACGGCUAGCAUGGGAGACUAACUGUAAACCGGACUUUCAAGUUUCCUAAAGAAAUAAACAACAGAGGUUCCGUUCGGUGGACUAAGAGCAAAGGACAGAGGAAAAUGUCCCUUCUUUGAAGAAACAUCAGUUGUGAGUCGCUGUUAUACAGGUGAGAAGAGUCGCAACUGCACGUACCUACAUGUACAGGUUCAUCCCUUACUGUUUAGGUACAGUCGCAGGAGGAGAAACCCUGGACGCUUCCCACCGGAUUCACUCAUGGAUCUCACCCUAGACUUACCCUGCAGAUGCCCUCGCUGUGGCCAGGGCAUCUUCAAAAUGAAUAGCAACUGGAAUAGGACCAAGCUGCUCGGAGUGCUGAUUUUAGCCAAUUUCCUCAUCUACAUCGUGGUGGAAGUGUCCCUAAGCUACGGGAAGGAGCAGGUCAUCUCCAAGCGGGAGAAAAUGAUGCCCAAAGUGUUCUGGAAGAUGACAAAAGUCAGUAAGGCGUUCUGGAAUCGGGAGCAGGAGCGUUUGGACGACAUCUACUACCUGCCCCUUGCGAAUGGCAGCGAGCUUCCUCGUGACUUUCAGGGAAUCCCGUAUUGGCUGAAUCGCACAAGUCCGUGCCGGCCAAACGACAGAGUGCUGACACAGAUUGAAGACUUCAGUUCCCUACCACAGCGAUUCCAGGAUUUCCUAUUGUACAUGGGAUGUAGGACGUACCCGUUGAUAACGGAUGCACCCAAAGUGUGUUUGGAACCGCCGUACCUUUUGCUUGUGAUAAAGUCCAUUGCGCCACAUUUUGACCGACGGCAGGCCAUCCGGGAAUCAUGGGGUCGCGCUGGUGUCCUCGACGGCCGGCGCAUCGCCACGGUCUUCCUACUUGGGAACACGACUGCGACGGACCACUUCCCGGACUUGUCGGAUAUGGUCAAGCACGAAUCAGCGUUGUACGGCGACGUUGUGCAAUGGGAUUACCGGGACUCGUUCUUCAAUCUCACCUUGAAAGAAAUCCUUUUUUUGGAGUGGUUUGGGACACGUUGCGCUUCUGCUCAAUUCGUCUUCAAAGGCGAUGAUGACGUUUUCGUCAACACGCACCAUAUUCUGACCUACCUAGGCAACUUUUCGAUGUCCAGCACAAAGGAUCUGUUUAUUGGUGACGUGAUCACUAAUGCCGGCCCACACCGGAGCAAAAACCUCAAGUAUUAUAUCCCUGAAAGUGUGUUUCUGGGGGGUUACCCUCCAUACGCGGGUGGCGGAGGCUACCUGUAUUCAGGAAAUUUGGGACUGCGAUUAAGAAAGAUCUCUCGUGUGGUCAUGUUGUACCCGAUUGACGACGUGUUCACGGGGAUGUGUCUGCAGAGACUGGGACUGGUACCGGAGAAACACGUGGGCUUCAAGACCUUUGACAUUGAGCAGAAGAACAGAGAGAAUCCAUGUGCUUACAAAAGUUUGAUUCUGGUCCAUCCCAGGAGCCCACAGGACAUGAUAAAGAUCUGGUCUUGGAUAAAUGACCCUAAAGUGAACUGUACCACUGUGUCUACACCGGACACGAAAGGCACUAAGCGACGUGGCAAAAGCUAAUAGAGCUCAUUAUAAUCAGUAAUGCUGUCUACACCGAAGAGACAACGACUGUAUACUGAUGUCCCGUUCUAUUGCUGACGUACUCCACACAUGCUAACUCUUUUACUUUGACACGUUCAGUGUAGACAGUGUCAAGUUGUUACAGUGCGACACAGCGGUCAUGCAAGAAAUUGCAUUCGCAACCCGUCUAACUUUCGGAACGGCAUGUAUUCAAAGUUUAAAAAAACAAGUAGGACGGGGUUUAAAAGUGAGAGGGACUCAGUGAUGCCACCUGAAAGGGACUUUGUUUCAGGGGUGGAGCAAGUUAUAUUUAAAAGUUUCCCUGUGGUGAAAAUCAAGCUUUUAAUUUUGUUUAAAUGCCUAUGUGGUGUUUUUAAUAUGCUUUAAGACAAACCAUGUGUAAAUUCAUUGCUGAGUAUUUUCUGCUUAAAACUGCAGUGAACCAAAGACAGUCUCAAAAACACAGUUUGAAAUCGCUGGUGUUUCUGACGUCACACACUACCUUGUAACCAAUCAGAUCAACGUGUGAUCGUCAACGAGUGGAUCUCUGAGCUGCUGUGAGUGAGUGGAGGCAGGGCUCAAUUGCAUAUUCAUAGAACCGCCUAUACUAAAUGAAGCAACAGAAGAGUUACAUUCAAGAUAUUUAAAGGCAUGAUAAAAAAAAAUCAAGGAAAAAACGCUUCCAAUAUGUAAUUUUGGUGAUCAAAGAUUAGUUUUAAGAGAUACAAUUAUUGACUACAGGGGGACUUUAAAGAAAGUCCAAGUUUCAUUGGAAUAAUGUGAACCGAUGAAUCGUUCACAAUGAGACCAGGAAGUGUAUUAAAAAAGACAUCGUGCAUUAAACGUCUCAGAGGGAUUGUGCUGCAUUUACACAGUUCCUGCCUUUAUUUACGCACAAUUACUAAAAUAUGAUGCAUUGUGAAAAAUCAGAGUGUAUUUUUUCAUAACUAGAAUGAGCUAAAG